AUGGCAGUUCCAAAAAAACGUACUUCUAUAUCAAAAAAGCGUAUUCGUAAAAAAAUUUGGAAAAAGAAAGGAUAUUGGGCAGCUUUAAAAGCUUUUUCGUUAGGGAAAUCUCUUUCAACCGGAAAUUCAAAAAGUUUUUUUGUGCGACAAACAAAUAAGUAA